AUGGCAGUAAUUGAAUUGAGGAUGAUCGGUUUGCCAUUAGUAGGUAAGAAAUCUAUGUUACAGGGUUCUCAUUAUGGCGCUAUGUAUGACAGAAAAAGUCACGGCGAAAGGAAACUUAACAGUGAAUUCAAUCCCACCCCAGAGCAAGUCCUCUGUAGAGUUCGUGAUUCAUACACCACCUUUAACUUUUCAAAAUGA